AUGUUCUGGCAUUAGCAGUGGUAGUUGCACAACACUAAAUAUAUUAAAACUGUUGGGCUGUACACUUAAAAAGAUGAAUUUUUUUGAAAGAUUUAUUUAUUUGAGAAGUACAGUCACAGAGAGGCAGAAGCAGAGAGAAGUCUUCCAUCUGCUGGUUCACUCCCUAAAUGGCUGCAAAAGCCGGAGACAGGUUGAUCUGAAGCCAGGAGCCUGGAGCUUCUUCUGGGUCUCCCAUGCAGGACUUGGGCCAUCCUCUGCUGCUUUCCCAGGCCAUAGGAGAGAGCUGGAUCGGAAGUGGAGCAGCUGGGACUCCAACCAGCACCCACAUGGGAUGCUGACACUGCAGACAGCAGCUUAAACUGCUAGGCCACAGCACCAUUUCAAAUGGAGAGGUCUAGAGGGUGGUGAUGAGUGUUGUUACUAUCCAGUGAAAAUUAUAAUAUUAUCCCUGCUUUUUAAGAUUUAUUUAUUUAUUUGAAAGGCAGAGUUACAGAGAGGCAGAGAGAGAGAGAGAGAGAGGUCCUCUAUCCGCUGGUCCACUUCCCAAAUGGCAGCACAACCAGAGAGCUAGGCUGAUCUGAAGCCAGGAGCUUCUGGGUCUCCCACACAGGUAUAGGGGCCCAAGGACUUGGGCCACUUCUACUGCUUUCCUAGGCCACAGCAGAGAGCUGAGUUGGAAUUGGAACAGCCAGGACUUGAAGCAGCACCCAAUGGGAUGCCAGCACUGCAGGUGGUGGCCCUAUCUGCUAUACUGCAGUGCCGGCCCCCCUACUUUAUUUAAACCUCGCCUAGACAGAAAAGAUUUGAGGAAGGCUCCUGUUAGACCACAGAUGUUGCUGUUCGGGGUUCCAGACAGGAUACGGGAAUUCAUUCAAAUAGCACGUGUUGAUGGCUCUAAAGUCACCACUGUCACUAGAAUCCAGUGGGAGUGAAUCCGAAGAGUUACCCACGUUCGCCUUUCUGAAGAAGGAAUCAUUUUCAACCAAGAAGAGGCAGGAGAAGGUCAUAGUGGUUGUCAGCUCAGAUUCCGAGGGCUCCUGUCCACCAUCACCAGAGCCAAUAGGUCCAUCCCCUGGCCCAGACACAGAGGAGGCGCUCCCACACGCAGAGCCAGUCCCGGUACUGAGCAGUGGAAGUGAGGACGAAGAGGAGUUCAUCCCCUUGGCCGAGAGACUCACAUGUAAGUUUUUGACCCACAAGCAGCUGAGCCCUGAAGACUCAAGCUCUGCAAUUAGAAGCGUCUUGGAUCAUGAGAGUAAUGAAGGAGCAUCCUGUGACCGGAUCCCCAACAUCCCUGCUGUCCUCCACGGAUCCUCAGGGAGGAACGCACCGAGUGGCAGGGACCCUAUCUUGGACAGCCCUUGCCGUCAGCCUGCAGCCUACCGCUCCUCGUGUCCCCUCGAGAGCGACAGCUUGACAGUGACCAAAGCAAAUCUUGACAUCCCCCCACCUCAGAAGACAGCCACGCGUGGUCAGAAGGUGCGGGGAUGGCGGCAGCAGGGGCAAGCGAGCCGGAAGGAAAGCCCCCCGAGACAGCAGAGACGGAAGAAGGAAGCACCAGCUGGCAGGCUGAAGGCGCCGAGGCCAGAGGAGUGCUUGAAGCACAUCGUCGUGGUGCUAGAUCCAGAGCUUCUGCAGACGGAAGGCGGGGGCCAGCUCCUGGGCGCGCUGCAGUCCAUGGAGUGCCGCUGUGUGGUCGAGGCGCAGGCCGUGCCGUGCAGCCUCAGCUGGAAGAGAAGGGCCGGGCCGUCUGAGGAUGGAGAGGCCUGGGCGGAGGAGCCGAUGGUGCUGGUGGUGCUGCUGGCGGAGGCGUUUGUAUCCAUGGUCCACAACUUUAAGCAGGGAAGUCUAGGCAGCACUGAGGAAGGGAAGCAAACACUUCGAGGCUUCGUCGCUGAUGUCACGGCAAGGACAGCGGGGAAAGCUCUGUCGCUGGUGAUCGUGGACCAGGAGAAACUCUUCAGUCCCCAGAAUCCACCAAAGAGAAGGAAACAGGGAGCAGGACACAAACAGGCCAAGGAGAAGCAGCAGCAGAGACAACCGGAGGCCAAGACAGGGCACGUGGUGUCCAGGGUAGACGUGGAAGAGGCACUGGUGGAUCUGCAGCUGCACACAGACGCCCAGGCUCGAAUCGUGCAGAACUGGAAGGAGCUGACCGACUUCGCCUGCGCAUUCACAAAGGCUGUGGCUGAGGCGCCCUUCAAGAAGCUCCGAGACGAGAGCAGCUUCUCCUUCUGCCUGGAGAGUGACUGGGCUGGAGGGGUGAAGGUGGACCGCUCUGGCAGGGGGCUUGCACUGGUCUGGAGGCGGCAGAUUCAGCAGCUGAACCGAGUCAGCCUGGAAAUGGCCAGUGCUGUUGUGGAUGCCUACCCCUCCCCGCAGCUCCUGGUUCAGGCAUAUCGGCGGUGCGUCUCGGUGCAAGAACGCCAGAAUCUGCUGGCAGACAUCCAGGUGCGCCGUGGGGAAGGGGUGACAGCCACCUCGCGCCGGGUUGGGCCGGAGCUGGCCAGGCGGAUCUACCUUCAGAUGACCACCUCGCAGCCAGACCUCUCUUUAGACAGUGCCGACUGAUGCCAGCCCUUGGGGACAAGGAUGGAAAGCUGGUUUUGACCUCCCCAGCUACAAGACCUGACUGCCAUUAAGACUUGGAAGUGCCUUCUGGGACGUGCACAAGUCGACGAGGCCUGCAGUGGGCUCUCCUGGGUCUUGUUGGUGUCUUUCCCUGUCAGCUCAGGGCAGAGGCUGCAGCCCUGGCAUUGACAUUCACACUGAAUGUUCCUCUCCUGGCCAGUCAGCUGCCACGGACAAACCACCCUGCCAGCCCUCAAGACACAAAGGAACACACACAGACCAUUCAGACACGUAUUUAAUAAUCAUAGAAAUCCAAAAGAAUCGGCAUGGACUCUGGAAGUCGUGAGUGAGCUGUCGCCUGUGGGUUGGCUUGACUAGGCUCAGCCACUGAGCUGCCUCAACCAGCCAAGGAACAGGGGUUUGAUGACUAUGCUGACUUCUGUAUUAUCUUAAUCUCACCUUACAUAUUAACGUGUUUAGCUUCAAUAAAGCAUUUGUACCAAUGGC